AUGGCUGCUCCGGGCACCGCCAGUCUCCUGCGGGCCGCCGCGGCCUCCUCCCGCUGCCACUGCCGCUGGCUCCUGGCCGCGUCCCGGGGAGCCGCGGGGAGGCCGGACGGGGACAGCGUUGCUGCCCGGACACCGGGCCGGUUCUUCGGCGUCUCCGCCCGGGCGCGGCUCAGCUCAGAAGAUAAAGUAACUGUCCACUUCAUAAACCGUGAUGGUGACAAACUAACAGCUGAAGGGAAAGUUGGGGACUCGCUGCUAGAUGUUGUUGUUGAUAAGAAUCUAGACAUAGAUGGAUUUGGUGCAUGUGAAGGAACAUUGGCCUGCUCCACUUGCCACUUAAUCUUUGAAGACCACAUAUUUGAGAAAUUAGAUGCAAUUACUGAUGAGGAGAUGGACAUGCUGGACCUAGCCUAUGGACUGACAGAAACAUCUCGUUUGGGCUGCCAGAUCUGCUUGAAGAAAUUGAUGAACAAUAUGACUGUUCGAGUACCUGAAGCUGUUGCUGAUGCUAGACAAUCCAUAGAUAUGAGCAAGAAUUCCUAAAAUAAAACUUGUUAGGAGCUUUUCAUGAAAUUUUUAACUAUUUUUAUAACUUAUUUCUGAAUGUUGAAAUGUGAACUUACAUAAUCAUGGGAGUUAUUUUUGACUAUCAAUGUUAAUUCUGUUUUAAUUUUCUUUAUGGAACCACUUAUUUUAAUUCUUAAGAAGAGGUAAUACUUUUUAACAAGUUAAAGCUGAACUGUAAAAUGUUGACCAAAUUAUACUCGGAGAAGUCAUUAAUGGAUUUA